GAAAAUAUUUAAAUAUUAUUCUCAUAAUGACAAAAUUCACCAUAUUUUUAUUGAUCAUUACAUCCUACUAUAAUUGUUGUGUUAUUGCACAGAUAUUAGAAGAUGAAAAUUGUGAAACAUUACAAUCAGAAAUUCAUAUUACUAAAGAUGAAUAUGAUGAGGUUGGACAUAUAAAAAGAACAUGCAGUGGUGAUAUAUCAGUUACUAAGUGUGAAGGAUUUUGUACCUCACAAGUACAACCAAGUGUUAUUACUGCCACUGGUUUUGCUAAGGAAUGUUAUUGUUGCCGUGAAAGUUAUUUGAAGGAGAGACUUGUUAUUUUAAAUCAAUGCUAUGAUGCAGAUGGAAUAAAGUUAAUGAACAAUGAAGAUGGGGUCAUGGAAAUAAAAUUGCGAGAGCCAGCAGAAUGCAAAUGUAUAAAAUGUGGAAAUUUUUCCAGAUGAAAUUUGACAAUGAAAUAAACUUAAAUUGAGGCAAAGUUGUGAUAAAAAUAACUUGAAUUAAAAAUGUGGAGAUACUUGUACCACUGCUUACAAUAAAUUAUAUUCAUAAAAAUA